AUGUUCAUGCUUAUGCAAGUCGCUGUUGUCGUGAAGUUCUAUGCGAGACUAGACCAUCGUCUUAUUCAUCUGAGACGUCGUCGCAAAAGGAGAGCCGCCAAGAACCAAGACCAUAAUCUACUGAGUACGUUCUUAGAGUCAUAUAAGCUGCCGAAAGGAAAUAGGACUAGGAUGACGAUCUGUACUUAUAACGCACGUACUCUUGCAUCGGAAGCGGCCAUCGAAGAUCUGAUGGUGCAAGCCGGGAAGAUUAAGAUUGAAAAAGUCUUGGAUGAAGGACAGCCAUGCGAGCAAGCAGGGUUUCGAAAAGGAUUCAGCAGAAUUCACCACAUUCACACUGUUUCGAAACUCAUCAAAGAGUACAAGAUGCCGCUCUGUCUCUCCUUCAUCGACUUGAAGAAGGCUUUCUACUCAGCUGAGACGGAAGCGGUCAUGGAAGCCUUGGACAACCAAGGGGUCCAUACUCAGUAUAUGAAAGUACUUCGAGCAUGGUACAGUAACUUCACGACCAUAGUUUCGCCAUUCUACAAGAAUAUCAUCGUUGACGUGAAGAUAGGGAUCCAACAGGGUGACACAAUCUCAGCUAAAAUAUUCACAGCCGCAAUAGGAAAGCUUUAA